UGGGUGAUAUUAUGCAUGUUCUACUACUCUGCUACGAAUAAGCCCAUUAAUUAUGAAUACAUAAUUUUCCGUGAACUAAUUAUAUAAAUGAGAUUGCGACGCUGUUUUUCAGCUCACUCUCCUCCGCGUCGUUAUCUUGUCAACGUCGGUAGACGACGAGGACGACGAUCAGAAAAAAGGGUGGUAAUGGGUUGAAACUCGUUAAAACAUAAUUUUGCGACAAACAAUAAAACAAACAGGGUGAUAAGAUGAUGACGGCGUACGACGAAAAAGAGAACGUGCCAGGUGACGGUGAUAAGGAUAAUUCUUCUGGGUCGUUAUUCAAGCCAAAAAUCUAUCCACAAGUGUUAGCAACGCUGGCAGCCACGCUGGCAGCCUUUGGAAUGGGGACGGUGGAGGCCUGGACGUCCCCCGCAUUGCCUAAAAUGGAGGAGGAACCCUUCGGUCGCCUGGAUAAGAACGUGCUGGGAUUUAUCGCGUCCUCCGCCCUGCUUGGUGCAAUGGCGUCCGGACCACCGAUCGGAUUUCUGGUCAAUACGAUGGGUCGGAAAGGAGUCCUUAUCAUGGUUAGCGUCGUUUUCGUGACGGGAUACGCUCUCAUGGCUGCCUCCCACAAUUUGACAAUGUUCUUCAUCGGUCGUGUCCUCACAGGAAUUUGUGCUGGUGGUGCGAGUUUAGUGGCGCCGAUUUAUGUGGCAGAAAUCAGUGAGAAAAGUCGUCGUGGUCUGUUUGGGUCGAGUUUCCAACUGAUGGCGACGCUGGGCAUACUUUUCACCUACGUUUUGGGAACGUUUGUGAGUUGGCAGUGGUUGGCUGUUGGCUGUGGCGUGGGACCCUUGAUUGGUCUCAUUCUUCUCCUCUGGGUCCCAGCCUCGCCGAGGUACCUUCUCUCCAGGAAGAAGAACGACGAGGCCAUGGCUGCCCUCAUGUGGCUCAGAGGAGCCGAUUGUCCGGAACAAGUCCAUCCAGAGUUUCAGUCGAUCAUGGCGAAUCUCACCAUGUACUCGCAUAAGAAAAAAUCGAUCCGAGAUUUUUUCAAAAUGCGGACAAUUAAGCCGAUGGGAAUCUGUCUCAUGCUCCUCCUCUUCCAACAACUCUCCGGCAUCGAAGCUGUCCUCAUGUACACGGUCCACAUUUUCCGAGAAGCCGGCUCAAAUUGGGAUCCUAACUACUGUGCCAUAAUUGUCGGGGCGCUCCAAGUGGUCGCCACCUUCAGCGAAGUCGUCAUCGUUGACCGUGCAGGGAGAAGAAAGCUUCUUCUCCUCUCUGAAUUGGGCGCUGCCGUGUCCACGUUGAUGUUGGCAGCAUUUUUCUACUUUAAAGAAACCGACCCCCACGCUGUGGAUGGAUUUGGGUGGAUCCCACUCCUCAGUUUGGCCGGAUUCAUUACAUUCUUCGCCAUCGGAAUUGGACCCGUGCCAUUUCUGCUCAUUGGGGAGCUCAACAGUCCUCGCAUGGUGGGCCUGGCGUCCGCCAUUGGCACCUCGGUCAACUGGGGGUUCGGCUUCACGGCGACCUUUGGGAUGAUUUAUGUCGAAACUACUCUUGGCGUUCACUGGUGUUUCGCCAUGUUUGCGGGCAUUUCCUUCCUGGGCGUAGCCUUCGUCUGGCUGUGCUGUCCGGAGACGAAAGGACGCACGAUGGAGGAGAUUCAGAAGUAUUUCCAAAAAGUAAAGAAAGUCCAAGAAGUCGUCACCGCGGCGGCGUGAUCAAGUUGAAGUAAAUCUUUGCAUGAAAUCUAGCUACAAAUUCCAUUCGUGGGAAACGAGAUACGUAAUGAAAUGUAAUAAAUAGCAAGAAGAAUAGAGUGAGAUGAGCCCUCUGAUCUGAUGAUAUUUUUAAUACUCUGUUCGAAUUGUGCGACUGUGAUGUAAAAAAUAAGUGUAAUAAUAAAGUAAAGAAUGAAGUGCGAAAAAAUAGAAAA